CGCCGCCGCCGCCCCCCGCCGCUGCCGGGGGUGAGGGCCCGCCGCGCCCGGCCCAGCCAUGGCCGCGUGCGGCUGUAGCGCGCUCCUGGCCGCGGCCAGGGCCAGUUCCAGGGCCUGCCCUCUCCUGGCGCACUGCAGCCCUCCGUGCUCGCCAGCCCUCGCUCUUGUCCGGCUGGUGGGUCCGCAGUUGACCCGGAGCUCCAGGGACUCCAAAAGCCAGCCCUGGCCACGCCGCGCCUGCCUGGGCGCCGCCCUGCCUGGCUCGCCUGCCCACACCUUGCACACCUCCAGCAGCCCCCGGCAGCAGCUCCCAGGUGAGCCCCCGCCCCGCGGGAGCCCCAGGAGCCAGGCUAAAGCUGCUACAAGCCCGGGCAAGCAGAUCCUGCCGGCUCCUGAGGGAAGGAAGUCCUUGGGACAGAGAGCCGUGGGUGAGCUGAAGCAUUUCUGCAAGGGAUUGCACCUGCUCUGGACUGACACCAAGGUGGCUGCCAGGAUGGUGUGGAGGCUGCUCCACGGGCAGGUGCUCAGCAGCAGGGAGAGGAGAAGGCUGCUGAGGACUUGUGCAGAUCUCUUCCGCCUGGUUCCCUUCCUGGUGUUUGUCAUUGUCCCCUUCAUGGAGUUCCUGUUACCUGUGUUCCUGAAGCUCUUCCCUGAAAUGCUGCCCUCGACGUUCGAGACGGAGUCCAAAAAGGAAGAAAAGCAGAAGAAGAAGCUGAGUGCAAAGCUGGAGUUAGCCAAGUUCCUGCGGGAGACCAUUGCAGAGAUGGCCAAAAGGAACAAGGCGGACACAGCACAAGGGAAACAAUUCUCCUUUUACCUGCACGAGCUCCCUGCCGGCGGCCGGCAGCCCAGCACGCAGGAGAUCCUGCGCUUCUCCGAGCUCCUGGAGGACGAGCUGACCCUGGAGCACCUGGAGCGGCCGCAGCUGGUGGCCCUGUGCAAGCUGCUGGAGCUGCAGCCCCUGGGCACCAACAACCUGCUGCGCUUCCAGCUGCUGCUGCGCCUGCGCAGCAUCAAGGCCGACGACGAGGUGAUUGCCAAGGAAGGGGUCAGUGGGCUGAGCGUGCCGGAGCUGCAGAGCGCCUGCAGGGCCAGAGGGAUGCGGUCACUGGGGCUCUCUGAGGAGCAGCUGAAGGAGCAGCUGGGCCAGUGGCUGGAUCUGCAUUUAAAGGAGAACGUUCCCUCUUCUCUCCUCCUGCUCUCCCGUGCCUUGUACUUAAUAGACCUAAAGCCACAAUCUGUUCCCAUUCCACAGAACAAGAGAGGUGAAGCUGCUGGAGUGAUGACACCUGUGCUUGAAGGUCAGGAGACCCUCCUGGAUCCUGCCCCUGUUGUACAGGGAAGAAAGAAUGAAGAAUUUGUGUCCCAGCCAACAGAGAAACUGCCAUUCUCUGAAGCGUCAGUGAAGCCUUCCCCACGAGAGACCAAAAUGGAAGCAUCCCAGAGCAGCAAGGCCGGUGCCAACGGAGCCUGACCUGGAGCCAGCACUGGGAGGAAGCAGCUUCCAUCUCCACACCUCCUGCAAAGGGAGCAGGGAUUUCCCAGGAGGCUGCUCCACACAGGGAGGCAGUAGCCCUCAGGGGCCUCUCUCUCUGUCCCGAGCUUGCUAGCAACUAGGCCACUGCUGUCUGGAUGGCCCCAGACAUCUCUUCUGUGCUGGAUCCUUGCCCUGCUACUUUUAACUUAUGGUGUAAAUAUGUUAAUAAUGGUGCUGCUGUCUGUGCUGUUCCUGAGCAGGUGUUUGUGCUUAGCAAAGGCAGCUUUUCGUGUUAGAGUGGCCUGUGCACAGAACAAGCUGGGCUGGGGUCCAGCAAAGCCUGAAAUCCUCUGCAGGAACAUCCCCACACACCCAGGGCCAGCAGCUUGUCCUGAGUGUCACAGCUCAGGCUCUUGGCCCUGACUAGGGUGUUUUAGCCAGUGACCAGCCCACGUGGCCACAGUUUUACUGAGGAGGGUGACCACAGGGAGGGAGGGAGCAGCACUCUGUGCUGUGCCAGGACCGAGCAGAAGGACUUCAGGCCUUGCUGGACAGGAGCAGAGCAGUGACAGGAACAGCCCCCUCCUGUGAGGGUUUGCUUCCCCAGUGGGAGCUGUGCAGGUGCCACACACUGUGACAGAAUCAGACUUGCACUUUCAGCAUCCCUCUGGGUCAGGAGAGGGAGCAGCCCGGGACCUGCACACCUCUCCCAAGCGUGGAGCUUUGGUUAAUCCUCACCAGGCUCAGACUACACACCAAGUGCUCUCCAGUGCUUGCAAAGUGACUCCUCACACACUCCAGUGAUGACUCAGUUAUUGCCAGACUCUCAGAGGAUACUGAAAAGCUGUUUUUAGCAUUUGUUAAAUUUUUUACUCUGUCCUAUGUAAAUGCUGAGAAAUUACUCACAUGGAUUUUAAAUAUGUAUAUAUUUAUACUUACUGUAAAAUUAGAUUUGGUGCUAAGUAGGAAUGAAAUGUCUCUUCCAGAGGUCAGACAGCCUUUAGAACAACCUGACUGAAAGCCAGUUCUCCAAGCUCAGGUGUGAGCAGCACUUUAAACCCGAGGCCUCAGGCUCCUACAGCAACACAGAGCCAGCUGUCAGGUGUCCUGUGUCCUUGGCUCUGUACCUGAGCCUCUCCCUGUUCAUCCCACCCGCAGUGCCGGAUCUGUGUCUAAUAGAUGGGGACAAAUGUUAUUUCAAUAAAAUAACACCUUGCUGUGGA